AUGGAAUCAUAAUUAAAGUUCAUUUGCAUUAGAUAACACAUGUUUUUGGAUUAGAAGUACGUUCUCUUACUUUUACCAAGCAAGAUAACUUUGAGUCAAUUUGGAAAAGAACCUAAAUACAUUUUAGAAUUGAAAUUACACAGCAUAAUUUCUUGGCAACUCAAUCAUUAGAAUUAGCUAGUUAGUUUUGGAAUCAUUUGGAAUAGAAUUGAAAAACUAUUCCAUUCUACUCACGAAGACUUAAUGAAGCUUAGAGAGGCAAUAAAGAAUCAAAUAAUGUUUAAAACUGUCCAUCAAUUGUACAAACCUCUCUCAUUGCUAGGAGGCAGUAAUUUAGAUGAGUUGUAUUUAUGUUCUGAUCUAAUCGAUAACAAAUAAUUUUAAAUCAAAUGCCAUGCUAAAAAUCAGUUUGAAGAUUCAAUGUCUCGUAUUUACAAUGAAAUAUAAUGCCUAAAUAAAAUAAAAUCGGAUUAUGUUUAAAGGUUACAUGAAGUAUUUACAGGAGAAAAUACUGUCUAUUUAAUUUAAGAAUACUUGGAUGGUGUCAAUUUAAAUGAAUUACUUAACAGAGUGACGCUGGACAAACCCUAGAUAUUAAUAAUAAUGAAACAAUUGCUUACUGCAGUUAAACAAAUUCAUUCCCAAAACAUAAUGCACAGAGACUUAAAGCCAACUGCAAUUGUCUUUUAAAAUAAAGAUUCAAUAGAAGGGCUUAAAUUAACAGAUUUUCAUCUUGCUGUACCGAUCAACUCUCAAAUAAACUUAUCGGAUUCUGGUACUCCAGGAUAUGCUGCCCCAGAAACAUUCAAAGAUAAUUACAAUGAAAAAGUGGAUAUAUUUAGUGUUGGUUGUAUCUUUUUUAAAUUAGUUACAAAAAGAGAUUUAUUCUAUGGAAAAACAACAAAUGAAAUUCUAAAACUUAAUAGAACUUGUAAAAUAGACUUAUAGAUUCUUUAAAUAUAUAAAUUAAGUUAAAAUGAGCUGAAUUUAUUGAAAGACUUAUUAGAAUUAGAUCCAGAAAAGAGGAUAAGUGCUGAAUCAGCAUUAUCUCAUCCUUAUUUCAAUAAUGAUACUAUUCAAGAGGAGUAAUUGGUGAAUAAUUAACAACAACCCUUAUUAGUACAAAACCUUCUAGAAAGAAGUAAUGGUUUUUUUCAAGCCAAGACUGAUAAUUUUGAGAAAAACGUUGAAGAAUUUUUAGUUGAUUCUGAAUCACCCAAUAUUUGUGCAGUACCAAUUUUCAAAGUUUUAAUGAAGGAUUCAAUAAUAUCAAACCUUCAAGUGAGAAAAAAAUCCAAAUUAAAGAAAAGUGAAACAUAAGAAUACUCUCAACUAAAUUUUCUUAAUCAUUUCUAAACUAGAAAGUCAGUUCACUAAACUAUUGUUUGA